AUGAUUGGGGAGGAGCCUAGACCGAGUGACCCCACGCUGCAGGAAGAUUGGGACGAGCGCUCCUCGGCUGGCUACUAUUUGAUGUCGCAGAGUUUGGAGCUGAACCAGCGUCACCACGUCAUGCACCUGCUGCCGGAGGUUGAAUGCGGUCCGAAGGCGUGGACCGUGUUGAAGGAGCUGCACGCCCCGACCUCCGUUGUCGCAACGUUGAUGCUGGAGAGGGAGCUGUCCGCGUUGCGCCUGAGCGAGGGAGAGCCGGUGCAACCAGUCCUGGACAAGAUGCGCGACCUCUACGCGAAGUUGGCGACCGCGGGAAUCACCUACCCGGAGCAGACCAAGUGCUUGAAGAUGCUCUCGCUGCUGCCAGAAUCGUGGCUUCAAUUCACGAGCGGAUUGAGCCUGCCGCAGAACCAGAGCUUGUGGACGCUCGAGUGGGUGCGGACGAAGAUUCUGGAGGAGGACUUCCGUCGCCGCCAACUGAGGGGUGGAGACGACGGCAGCAGCGGCUACGGGAUGCAAGGGAGCCGACAUGGCAGAGGACGUGGCUUCGGUGGUGCUGGACGCGGUGCAAAGAAAGACGACGACUCCAACAACCAACAAGGAGGUACCGGUUGGGGUCGCGGUGCGAAAUCUGGACGUGGGGGCAAGUCGGGUGCUGGUGGCAAAAUGAAAGGGAGUUGCUGGUAUUGUGAGAAGGAAGGGCACCCCUGGUUUUUGUGCUAUAAGAAACCCGAUGGAUGGACCCCCCAGAAUCGUCACCAGGAUGGCGGCGCGCGGAGGAACCAGAAAAACGGCGCCAACAUGGUCGCUGAUUCGUCCGACAACAACCCGAAGGGCAACGGCGGUGCGGAGAAGAAGAAGGAGCGCACCGCGGGCCAAUUCUUCCAUGUGGGAGACAAGGGGGAGCAAGGAGAUGCCUCUGCCAAAGUUGGAGCAGAGCUGCACCCCCUAGACUAUUGGGUGUUGGACACAGGCGCUGCUUGGACGAUGACGCCGCGCAAGGACCUGCUGGACGAAGUACGAGCUGCACCGAUCAAUGAAGUGUGCUCCGCCUCUGGACACAUGUUGAAGGUGGCUGGUGCGGGACGAGCUGCGUUUAAGGGAGCGGAUGGCAAGCCGGUGGUGCUGCACGACGUUCUCUUCGUCCCCGACCUGAAGGCCAACCUUAUCUCCCUCCGUAAGCUUGGCAAGGCUGGGGUGAACACCAACACGGAUGGGGCACGCACUUAUAAGGGGAAGCUGGGCAAUCGGGUGCUUUGGGAUCUGCACGAGAGCAAGGACGUGUACAGAUCUAUGUGGCAGCUGCCGGCCCUGGCGUGGCAUGGUGGGGGGCAGGCUGGAGAGGGGUCUGCAUCCCAGGGGGAGUGCAAUGCCGUUGGAGGGGUUGGUGUGAAAGUGUCGGCCAGAUCUGGGGAGACAGAUUGGGCAACGGCACACCGGCGCUUAGGGCAUGUGGCAAUGCCUUUGCUGAAGCAGCUGGAGAAGGAUGGAGCCGUUAAGGGUCUGAAGCUGAACGGACAGCCACCCGAUGACAACUGUGAAAUCUGUUUGCUUUCAAAGUUCACCCGUUUCCCUUUCCAUAGUGUGGCUGGCAGGAGCAAGAAGCCUUUGGAGCUGGUCCACAUGGACUUGGUGGGGCCGCUGCCGGUGCAAGGGCACAAGGGGGAGCGGUAUUUUCUUACAAUUGUGGAUGACUGGAGCAGGCUGAUGUGGGCGUAUCCGCUGAAGCAGAAGGACCACGCCGCCUCCACGAUACGGGACGAUUGGCUGCCAUUCGUGGAGAAGCAGGCGGAGUGUGUAGUGAAGCGGAUUAGGACAGACCGGGGUGGUGAGUUCCUUGGAGCUGAAAUGACGGCCUGGCUCAAGAAGCAGGGCAUCCAGAGAGAGCUGACCACGGCUUAUACCCCACAGUCCAAUGGUGUAGCAGAACGGGCAAACCGGACCAUUCUGGAGACAGCUAGGGCGCUGCUCAUAGAAUCUGGGCUGAGCAAUUCUAUGUGGCCUCAUGCUGUCCGGCACGCCACUGUCGCUAGGAACAGGGUGCUCACCAAGGUUGGGGAUGACUCGUGGGUGCCGUUGGAGAGGUGGCUUGGGAGGAAGCCGCCGGUGGACAUGCUGAGGGUGUUCGGUUGCAUGGCAGUCGCCCACGUCCCCAAGACCUACCGCAGUAAGUUGGGGGCGAGUGCAAUCUGCAGGGAUGUGAAAUUCAUUGAGGGCAUGAUGUAUGGGAGCUGGGAGAAACAGCCGGAGGCAAGGGUGUCCCAGCAGAUGGAGCAGAUCACCAUGCAGCUGGACCUGACUCCUAGUGUGUGGGAGGAGGGAGAGGAGGCAGCUGCUGGAAAUGGUGAUGGAGAGAAGAUACAGGAGGCAUCUGCUGGUGGAGAAAAUGGUGUGGAAACUGGCGGCAGCACUAGUGGAGCUGCUGGACCCGAGGGAGGAGAGAAGCAGCAGGGAAAAACUAAGAAGCCGAAGGGUGUCGUUAUGAAGGGAUGGGAGACACCCGUCUCCAGGCCAGGACGUACCCGUAUGGCUACUAAGAAGCUGACUGCAGGAACUGAUGCAGCAGAGCAGCAGCUAGGGACCGAAGAGGCAUUGCUGAUUCUACCUCAUGGCUAUGACCCGGAUGAGGAGGAUGAGCCUGCGUACUGUUUUCUUGCCCCUGCACCAGAGGAACCAGCUAGCAUGGAGGAGGCAUUAGCUGGACCAGAUAGGGACAAGUGGCUGGCUUCUAGGGAUGCUGAGUACCAGAGUCUGCUGGAGAAUAGGACAUGGGAUCUGGUGGUGCUGCCUGAUGGGAAGAAAGCGAUACAAUGCAAGUGGGUGCUGAGGAUCAAGACCGAUGACAAGGGGCAGGUCACCAUCUACAAGAAUGCAGCUGUUAGUGGGAAAUUCAUCAUUCAGAUGGAUAUUUCAACGGCAUUCCUGAAUGGGAUUUUAGAGGAGGAUGUGUACAUGACGCAGCCGCCUGGGUAUGAGGAUGGUACAGGCAGGGUGUGCAAGCUCAACAAGUCCAUCUACGGCUUGAAGCAGGCGCCACGCUGCUGGUACCAGAAGUUGGCAGCUGUUUUAGAGGAGAUGGGAUUCAGGACCAGCAGCUGUGAUGAGAGCCUCUUUCUCAAGGGCGAGGGGGAGAAGCUGGUGCUGUUUCUGGUCUAUGUGGACGACAUUCUUCUCUUCAGCAGCAGCAUGAAGGAGAUCCAGAAAGUGCAGCAGCAACUGAUGGAAAACUUCAAGUGCAAGAACCUUGGGGAGGUAAAGUACUACCUCGGGAUGCACGUGGAGAGGGAUCCAGAUCACAGGUGGUUGAAGCUGCACCAGGAGAAGUUCAUCAAGGAGCUGGGGGAGAAGUAUGGGAUUGAGAAUGAGCGCAAGGUUGCAACUCCCCUGCCAGCAGAAUUCAAGCUUGUGAAGGCUGCAGAGGAUGAAGGGGUUGAAGCUGAAGAGCAGCAGCAAUUUCAGUCCUUGGUGGGCAGCCUCUUGUAUGCAGCAGUUCACACGAGGCCCGACAUCUCUUUCUCGGUUGGGCAGCUGGCUAGGGUGGUGCAGAAUCCAUCAGAGGAGCAGGUGGAUGCAGCUGAGCGUGUGGUGAAGUACCUGAACUCUCACCCAAGCAUUGGAGUUCAAUACUCCGCAUCUGCACAGGUGAAGCAGAAAGGGGUGGAGGUGCUGAAAGAGAAGGGGGAGAGGCUUGGAGAAGGCAAGCUAUUUCUCACUUGCUUUACCGAUGCUACAUGGGCUUCUGAGAAGGAGGAUUCCUCAUCUGUGGGAGGAUACAUCUGCGUAGUUGGGGGAGGACCUGUUAGUUGGAGGUCCAAGAAGCAGACGGAGACGGCACUCUCUUCCGUAGAAUCAGAGUACAUGGCGAUGUUCCAUGGGGUGAAGAAGGUGAUUUGGCUGAGGAGGCUGUUAGAGGAGAUUGGCCAGGAGCAGAAAGUUGCUACGCCGCUGUUUUGUGAUAGCAAGGGGGCUCUUGGGAUGGCCAGAAACGCUGUGCUUCAUGGCCUGAACAAGCACAUGCGUAUCAAGUGGCACUGGCUGCGUAAGGAGGUGAAGAGGGGGACGGUGCAUCCGAUCUACAUCAAGACUCACCAGCAGCCAGCAGACUUUCUCACCAAGAGGCUUGCGGAUGAGCCUCAUUGGCGUUGUGUGCGCAUGAGUGGAAUGAGCAUGAACUAG